CGGCUUCAGCACAGUUAUUUACUGAUUCAUAUAAGUGGAAACGCAAGGUGAUAGCUGAUCUCACCUAUGGCCCAGAAUUCCAGGGAUGUCCCCAAGAGCUUCAGCGUUGCCUCUGGCUCUUUCCUUAGCUCCAUUCCUGAACAAACUCUCCCAACUAUUUGGGAGGUAGCAUCAGGCUUGUAUCGUGCAAAAAAGAGGGCUGCAGGAGUUCAGGGUCUUGAUACACACACACACCUGCAGAGCUUGACAUUUGAUUUUGACCAACCAGACUCAGACCUGGGCAUGGGGCAGUCCUAUAAGGGGAAGUGAAGGUGUACUCUCAAAACUCCUGAGAGUAUGUAAGGAUGCAAGACCCUGUUUUAAGUGACUGUUGGUUGCAGAGGGAACCUCAGAUGUGAUGUGAUGUACCCCAAUCUCUUUUCAAAUGUUUUUCAGCAUCUUCAUGACACAGUGAAAAGGACUCUUGACAGCACCACCUCCCCUCAGAAUGGCGAGCAACAGAAUGGCUAUGGAGACCUCUUUUCUGGGCAUAAGAAGACCCGCCGGGAGGCCCCGCUGGGUGUGGCCCUGUCUGCCAAUGGGCUGCCUCCAGUCUCACCCCUCAGUCAGCCUGACAAGCCUUCCGGGGGAGAGGCCAUGCAGUCUGGUGGGAAGCACUCCCUGGGGCUCGAGUCCAUCAACAAAAAGUGUCUGGCUGACCCAAGCCUCCACUUGAAUGGAGGCAGCAGUGCUGGUGAGUCCUUUCCUCUGGGCCUGAGUAAGGAACUGAAGCAGGAGCCUGUGGAUGACCUGCCGUGCAUGAUUGCUGGGGCUGGAGGCUCCAUCUCACAGAGUAACCUCAUGCCUGACCUCAACCUCAACGAGCAGGAGUGGAAGGAGCUCAUCGAGGAGCUGAACAGGUCGGUGCCCGAUGAAGACAUGAAGGACCUGUUUACAGAGGACUUUGAGGAGAAAAAGGACCCAGAGCCUUCUGGUUCUGCCACACAAAACCCCUUGUCCCAAGACAUUAAUAUUAAGACAGAAUUCUCUCCAGCAGCCUUUGAGCAGGAACAGCUAGGCUCUCCACAAGUGGGGGCCGGGUCUGCAGGACAGAGCUUCCUGGGGCCUUCGUCCACAUCUGUGAGCACAGACUCCCCCAGCCUUGGGAGCUCUCAGACCCUGUUCCACACCUCUGGUCAGCCCGGGACGGACAACCCCAGUCCCAACCUGAUGCCGGCGUCAGCCCAGGCCCAGAGUGCACCAAGAGCCCUCACAGGUGUCGUCUUGCCUGGCCAGGGCCCAGGAGGGACCCCUGAGCUGUCCUCUGCCCACCAGCUCCAGCAGAUCGCCGCCAAGCAGAAGCGUGAGCAGAUGCUCCAGAACCCACCACAGGCCACUCCAGCUGCUGCCCCGGGCCAGAUGUCCACGUGGCAGCAGACGGGGCCUUCCCACAGCCCCUUAGAUGUCCCUUAUCCCAUAGAGAAGCCUGCUAGCCCUGCUGGCUACAAGCAGGACUUCCCCAGCUCCCAGCUGCUUAUGAUACCUGCUGUGAACAAGAGCUCUCCUCGGCCUGGAGGCCCCUUCCUCCAGCCGGGCCAUGUGACACUGCUGAGUCACCAGCCGCAGGGUAACUUGAGUCAGAACUCUGUGAAUAACCAGGGGUCAGUGCUGGACUAUGGCAACACAAAACCCCUCUCCCACUACAAAGCGGACUGUGGGCAAGGUGGCCCUGCGUCUGGCCAGAGCAAACCAGCCCUGAUGGCCUAUCUUCCCCAGCAGCUGCCUCAUCUGAAUAACGAGCAAAACCCCUUGUUCCUAAUGAAACCAAAGCCAGGAAGUAUGCCCUUCCGGUCACUGGUUCCACCUGGCCAGGAGCAGAAUCCUUCCAGUGUCCCUGUGCCUGCCCAGGCCACCAGUGUUGGGACUCAGCCACCUGCUGUGUCUGUGGCCACCACACACAACAGCGCCCCGUAUCUCAGCAGUCAGCAGCAGGCAGCUGUCAUGAAGCAGCACCAGUUGCUUUUAGACCAGCAGAAACAGAGAGAGCAGCAGCAGAAGCAUUUGCAGCAGCAGCAGCAGCAGCAGCAGCAGCAGUUCCUGCAAAGGCAGCAGCAGCAUCUUCUGGCAGAACAGGAGAAGCAACAAUAUCAGCGCCAUCUGACCCGCCCACCCCCCCAGUACCAAGACCCAACACAGAGCACCUUCCCACAAGUCGGACAGUUCACAGGAUCCGCGGCUGCUGUGUCUGGCAUGAACAACCUGGGUCCCUCCAACUCCAGCUGUCCUCGAGUGUUCCCUCAGCCUGGGAAUCUGAUGCCAAUGGGUCCUGGACACACCUCGGUUUCCUCGCUCCCCUCAAACUCAGGCCCGCAGGACCGAGGUGUGGCCCAGUUCCCUGGCUCCCAGAGCAUGCCUCAGAGCAGUCUGUAUGGCAUGGCCUCUGGCAUGACCCAGAUGGUUGUCCAGCCCCCACCACAAGCCGCCAACGGACAUGCCCACAUUCCUCGGCAGACCAGCGUGGGCCAGAGCACUGCAGUUCCGGCUGCUUAUGGACAGACCUCUCUGGGGAGCUCUGGCCUCUCCCAACAGCACAACAAGGGGACUCUGGCCUCUGGUUUAACCAAGCCACCUGUCCCAAGGGUGGCAGCAGCCAUUGGAGGCCAGAAUGCCUCAUGGCAGCAUCAGGGAAUGCCGAACCUGAGCAGCCAGACCUCAGGCAGCAGCAGUAUGAGUCCCUUCACCGCCGCUUCCACUUACCACAUGCAGCAGGCCCACUUGAAGAUGUCCAGUCCUCAGUUCUCCCCGGCAAUGCCCAGCAGGCCUAUGGCCCCCAUGAGCUCAGCUGCUGCAGCAGGGUCCAUGCUGCCCCCAGUGAGCACACAACAGAGGACCAGUGCCCCUACCCCUGCGCCUCCCCAGACAGCCCCACAGCCAAGCUUGUCUGGCCUGAGCCCCGCGGGGCCCGAGCUGGGGGCCUUCAGCCAGAGUCCUGCCUCACAGAUGGGCAGCCGCGCAGGACUACACUGUGCCCAGGCCUAUCCUGUGCGGACUGUGGGCCAGGAGCUGCCCUUCACCUACAGUGGGCAGCCAGGCAGCAGCGGGCUGUCCAGUGUGGCUGGACACACUGACCUGAUCGACUCCCUGCUGAAGAACAGGACUUCUGAGGAGUGGAUAAAUGAUUUGGACGACUUUUUAGGGUCUCAGUAAUGGAUUUGUGGUGGUUUUAGUAUUCAGACAUCCUCUGUUUUUGUUCUCAGAUUCAAGAAAGAGCAACUACUUGGGACCAAAAGCCCACGGCCCGGUCUUCUGGGCAGACAGAAUCCAGGCUGUAGCUGAGGCCCAGCCAGUCCUGAUCUGGGGAGCUCCCAGGUCAGCAGGUUUGCUCCAUUGGGCUGGCCCCAGCCCGUGUGCUGUCAUCACUGCCUGGUAGAACAGGGUUCUAUAGGUGGUCUCUUACCCACAUGACCAAAAACCCAAGAGUGUCAGGCUAUAGUUACCUGUGCCAUCAUGCUGACUCCAGGAUUUCUCCACAUGCCUCAAUGUUGGGGACAGGUUUUUGAAACUUUAAAUAGCAGAAUUGUUUGUAAUUUGUAGCAUAGAAAAGAAUUGUUGUUUUUUUUUUGUUGUUUUUUUUUUAAUUUUAAGCAGAUUAGUAUAGGUGAUGGUUGAAAGUGGCAUUGGAAACCUAGGGUUUCCUUCUGAUGAGCCUUUGCUCCUGUUCUGUCAGCUGGCUCUUGGGAGAGGAGGGUGGCUGGAAAGUCAUUUCUGUCGGUGUAGGCUGUGACUGCAGAUGCCAGAAGGAACAGGAAGCUGUAAGUAGCACAUCCGGUGACCCAGACAGGGUCAUCCCAGCAGCUCCUCCUACCAGAGUGGUGUACUCAGGUGUCACUCUGCCUCGAGCACCCCAGGACCCCAGGCUGCAGGUAGAGAUCUGGGGGCCUGGUGUUGUGAUGUGUCAUGCCCCUGCAGUCCCUCUGACAGCUUGUGUCCAACAGGCAGGAGCACACGUUGUGCACAUCAGUCGUUCCUCAGCCCCGUCUUCAUUCCCUUGCUUCCUGCCUCCCUUUCUUCCUCUCCAGCCCAAGUGGGAAACAGUGAUGUACUACAUUGGAGGGAGAAAAGAGUUAGUAAGAUCCCUUAGGGAACUUUGACAUUGUAAAGGUUUGGGGAAAGAGGCUGCAGGCCAGCCCAGGGGCAGGAAUUCCGCGUUGUUUGCCGACUUCUGCCACUCCCACCGCAGAUGACUUGCACUUUUAAAGAUUGCUUUAUAACACUAACACAUCCUCUCUAAAGAUUCCAGUGGAUUCUCUCUGAAGGUCUGUUAGUGAGCUUCACUGAUCUGAGAGCCCACAGAAUAGGGUACGCGGUGUGGGCUGCUUGUGGAAAACAAGAUUCAGCCCUUGGCCCUGUGGAAAGCAAGAUGGGGAGCGCAGGACGAAACCCUUCACACACACAGGAUGGUGGAGGGAGAGAAGUCCACAGGAGCAGUCUGUGGAGAAACCAUAACCCCAUCUCUUUCCCUGGAGUCUCAAGAUGCAUCAUUCAUGUAGUAUCAUGUCAAGAAUUGAGCCAAGGGAAAUCCGUGAACAGCCCGAGUCAACUUUGGUGAUUAGUUUGCACCAGCAGUGCCUUUUUUGCCGGGGUACUUGGACCCUCAGAUUCGGCUCAUAGCCAUUGGCCACCACUGGUGGCAUGUGGGCCAUUUCCCCUUUAACCACCCUCACUGCCUUCCCUAGAUACUCAGUUAGCAAUUAAAGGGGAGUAUGAA